AGGCACAUCUUCCUCUUUUGUUGAGCCCCGCCCUCUCCCCGUGCCACCCAGAACCUUCCAGGCUGCUGAGGUUCGACUCCCGCUGUCAAAAUGAUGGGCCAGCAGGUUUUAGUGCUCAACCAAAAUGUGAAGAGGGAGUCGGGUCGUAAAGUUCAGACCGGGAACAUCAGUGCUGCAAAGAUGAUUGCAGAUGUCAUCAGAACCUGCCUCGGACCUCGAGCCAUGAUGAAGAUGUUACUUGAUCCUACAGGAGGAAUUGUGAUGACCAAUGAUGGAAACGCCAUUCUUAGAGAGAUUCAGGUUCAGCAUCCUGCAGCCAAGACCAUGAUUGAGAUCAGCCGCACUCAGGAUGAAGAGGUUGGAGAUGGGACCACUUCUGUCAUCAUUCUGGCUGGAGAGAUGCUGUCCAUAGCCGAGCAUUUCCUUGAGCAGCAGAUGCAUCCAACCGUGAUUAUUAGUGCCUACAGACAGGCUCUGGAGGACAUGCUUGAAGCUUUGAAGGAAGUCAGCACUCCUGUGGACACAUCAGAUCGCUCCAUGAUGCUGAAGAUCGUCAACUCUGCCAUCAACACCAAGGCUCUAUUCCGCUGGUCCGACCUGGCCUGCACCAUCGCCCUGGACGCCGUCCGCACGGUGGAGCUGGAGGAGAAUGGGCGCAAAGAAAUCGACAUCAAGAACUACGCCAAAGUAGAAAAGGUUCCGGGCGGGUUCAUCGAGGACUCCUGUGUGCUGAAAGGCGUGAUGAUCAACAAGGACGUCACUCACCCCAAAAUGAGACGGAUGAUCAAAAACCCCAGGAUUGUGCUGCUGGACUGUUCUCUGGAGUACAAGAAAGGAGAGAGUCAGACCGACAUCGAGAUCAGCAAGGAGGAGGACUUCUCCAGAAUCCUGCAAAUGGAAGAAGAUUACAUCCAGCAGAUCUGUGAGGACAUCGUCCGCCUCAAGCCAGACCUGAUCUUCACUGAGAAGGGGAUCUCAGAUCUGGCCCAGCACUACCUGGUUAAAGCAAAUAUCACUGCAAUUCGCCGCGUGAGGAAGACUGACAACAACCGCAUCGCCAGGGCCUGUGGAGCUCGCAUUGUGAGCCGGACGGACGAGCUGCGUGAGGAGGAUGUCGGCCUGGGAGCCGGACUGUUUGAGGUGAAGAAGAUCGGAGACGAGUAUUUCACCUUCAUCACUGAGUGCAAAGAUCCCAAAGCCUGCACCAUCCUGCUGAGAGGAGCCAGCAAGGAGAUCCUGGCGGAGGUGGAAAGGAACCUGCAGGACGCCAUGCAAGUGUGCCGCAACGUGCUGCUCGACCCAUUCCUGCUGCCCGGCGGGGGUGCGGUGGAGAUGGCUGUGUCGAAGCGUCUGACGGAACGCUCGCGGGCCCUGACGGGGAUUGAACAGUGGCCGUACCGGGCCGUGGCGCAGGCGCUGGAGGUCAUCCCUCGGACGCUGAUCCAGAACUGCGGAGCCUCCACUAUCAGAGUGUUGACAUCACUUCGGGCGAAGCACACACAAGAAGGAAAUGUGGGCUGGGGCAUCAACGGGGAGAGCGGCUGUCUGACCGACAUGUCAACUCUGGGAAUCUGGGAGCCGCUGGCCGUCAAAGCUCAGACCUACAAGACGGCGGUUGAGACCGCCAUCUUGCUGCUGCGCAUCGACGACAUCGUUUCUGGUCACAAGAAGAAGGACAAGGCGGAUGGCCAAGGAGCCGAGUAGAUCCUCUGACGUCGACAUUUCAACAGCCCAGUUGUGUGUGUGUGUGCGCAUUUGUAUGUGUGUGUGUGGGGACCAGGCGACUCACUUAAACUUAAUAAACACAAAGUUAAGAGCUGGUUUCA